AGGAAUGGAGGCCAGAAGCAAACCCCAGUUCCUGGUGCUCCUGACACUUUUCAGUGUCUUCUUCUCUCAGACAUUGGCCUGGCCCCUUUUUGGACCACCUUCUGCUCUGAGGGCGGAAGACAGAGUCCAAUUUGAAGGAGGAAAUGAGCCUGACCAAGUUUCAUUAAAAGCAGAUGCUGACAUCUUGCAAAAUGCAUUGGCUGAAAAUGACACACCUUAUUAUGAUGUGUCCAGAAACACCAGACAUGCUGAUGGAGUUUUCACCAGUGACUUCAGCAGACUCCUUGGUCAACUUUCUGCUAAAAAGUACCUUGAAUCCCUUAUUGGAAAACGAGUUAGCAGUACUAUCUCAGAAGACCCUGCACUAAUCAAACGACACUCGGAUGCUGUAUUCACUGACAACUACACCCGUCUUAGAAAACAAAUGGCUGUGAAGAAAUACUUGAACUCAAUUCUGAAUGGAAAGAGGAGCACUGAGGGAGAAUCUCCUGACUUCCCUGAAGAGCUAGAAAAAUGAUGAAAAA